AAAUGUGACGUCAGCGGCUCGGCUCACCUUUACCUGUGUGCGCGCUCACGAACAGCAGUUACGCGUGGACAUGCGGAAGUGAACGCCAGCAGCCAGAGUUCCUGUUGGAGCAGUGAGCCGAGGGAUGGUGAACAUGUGAGGGAGAAUACUGCCUUUCAACCCGGGACACAACAUGUUCUUCAGGACCGCCGAGGAAAGUUUGGAGCUGUCGGACAGACAAAAGGAGGGUUACAGCACUGAGCCUUUACUUCCUUCAUUGCCCACCCAGAAGACAUAUGACUAUGUACUGGUGGCCCAUCAGGUGGAUGAUGAAAGGGACCAGAAGGCUCAGAGACAGAGAGCCUUCAUCCAGAAGCUAGAAGAGAAAAACAUCACAGUUAAAAGGAUUGAACAUGAUGACAAAAUGUUUUUUGGCAUCCGUGCUCCCAAUGAGAUGUUCAAAGACUACCAGUACCUGCUCAAAGUCUCUGACUCCUGCAACUGGUGUGGAGAUGUAAGGGGCUCUGUCACCCAGGCUACCAGGAUCCGAAUUGUCCAUUUCAUCCUUCUUCAGACCUUCAUCAACACAGGAGAAAACCUGGAGGAACUGAUAAAGAAGGGUGUGUUUGAAACCAUGUUCUGCCUCCAUGAAAGAAAGAAGCAGAAGCAGCUGAAGAAGAAGUGGGCUCGAUGGUCGGGUCUGUUUACAGGACAACCAGUCAACGAUGUCAAGAAUUACUUCGGAGAGAAAGUGGCUUUGUACUACCUGUGGCUGGGCUUUUAUACGAAACUGCUGGUCCCGGCUGCUGCUCUGGGCGUGGUCGUUUUCCUUUAUGGACUUGCCUUUUUCAACUCCAACCCUCUAAUUAUGGAAGUGUGCCAGUCCAGCAUCAUUAUGUGUCCUCGCUGUGAUAAGAGGUGUGUCGUGUGGCAGCUGUCAGACACCUGCGCCUACGCUAAGGUCAGCCACCUGUUUGACAAUGAAGGAACUGUGGCUUUUGCUAUGUGCAUGGCAAUCUGGGCCACUCUGUUCCUAGAGCUGUGGAAGAGACAUCGAGCCAGACAUGUUUCUCAGUGGAAGGUCUACGACUGGUGUGAGGAGGAGGAAGAACUCAUUCUUGAAAUAGUCAAUGACCCAAACUGUAAACCCAAACAGUUCAGACACUCCUACCUGCGCAGCACCUUGGUCCUCUUCUUGGUUACUGUCAUGCUCAUGCUGAUCAUCGGCCUGGCUCAUGCCCUGGUGGUGUUUCGAGUGGUGGCUGCACCCUUAAUGUCUGAGGGCAGCUGGGAGUUCAUCAGGGAUCAUGCCAACACUGUGGCUGUGAUGCUGGGAGCAGUGCUGCACUACCUCACCAUGCAGAUAAUGACCCGGGUAAACAGAUGGGUGUCCCUUAAGCUCUGUGACAUAGAGAAGACCAACUCGUUUGCUGCCACAGAGAGGAACUUCACAGUGAAGAUGUUCACCUUCCAGUUCUUCACUCUCUUCUCAUCGCUCUUCUACGUGGCCUUCUUCCUGGGCAGGAUUAACGGCCAUCCAGGGAACUAUGUCCGUAUCGCUGGAUGGAGACUGGAGGAGUGCCAUCCUAGCGGUUGUUUGACAGACCUCUUCAUCCAGAUGGCUGUUAUCAUGCUGCUCAAACAGACUCUCAACAACAUUUUUGAGUUCAUUGUGCCUUGGUUAAAGAGCUGUCUGAGAAGAAAAACAGCAAAGAAGCUGCAGAGGAAGUGCGGUCACUGUUACAGGAAGGCCUGCCGUGACGAACAGGGACGCAUUGAACCAUGUGACGUCUGCAAACUUCGCCACUGGCUGUCUAAUUAUCACCUGGCCCACACGGAUGCCUUCAGUCUGUUCAAUGAGUUCCUGGAGAUGGUGGUCCAGUUCAGUUUCACCACCAUAUUCGUGGCAGCGUUCCCCCUGGCCCCCCUGCUUGCUCUCAUCAAUAACAUUUUCGAGAUCCGUCUUGACGCCAUCAAAAUGGUCCGCCUGGAGCGCCGGCUGGUCCCUAGAAAGACCAACGACAUUGGUGUGUGGACAAAGGUGUUGGAGAUCAUUGGUGUGUUAGCAGUGAUUGCUAAUGGUUUGGUUAUUGGAGUCUCCUCAGACUUCAUUCCACGCCUUGUUUACCGUUAUCGUUAUGGACCCUGUGCUAAUGGAAGCACUUCCACACACUGCAUGCAGGGCUACAUAAAUGACACUCUCUCCACGGCUUAUGUAAGACACCAGGCAGUUAGAACUGACUUUAUUCCAGAUCAGAUGAUCACAGGCGGCUUUAAUGUCACGCAGUGCAGCUACAGAGACUAUAGGAGUGAUGAAGACUACAAUCUGACUUCUCAGUUCUGGUUGGUUUUGGCUGUGCGCUUUGCCUUCGUAAUCCUGUUUGAGCAUGUAGUGGUGGUGUGUAAGUUCAUUGCUGCCUGGUUCGUUCCCAACAACCCCAUUCAGGUGAAGAAUGAUCGGCUGCACGACAAACUGGACCGUCUGAAAGAGGAGCUACGUGAAAGCAAGCGCAGCAAAACGACAGAUGUCUGACCUGCAGCAGCUGAGUCCGCACUGCUUCCAGUAUCAUAGGAAACGUGAUACUCGUGCUAAGAUUUCACUACACAACCAUCACACUACACACAACUGUCAUGUGAUGUUUUUUAUGUGUGUAAGAAAGUAAAUGUAUUGUCAUUUUAUUUUGUUCAUUAAUUGUUGUUGUUUCAAGAAGAAUGUCUUCCGUAGGGAAAACCUACACUUGAUACAUGGACUGCCGGAAAGAACACAGGUUUCAUGAAAAAUGCACUGAAUGAACAGUCAUUCUAAAGCAUUUAUUAUACUAACAAAUAAUGUAUUGUUUUAUCAUGAGAAAAAACUUGAAAUCUUUAUCAGACAGAAACCGUUGAAAAAAUGAAAUGCAAUGUGUUUUGUACUGUAAACCUAGUGUACUGUACAUGCUCCCGUGUAAUUCUGUGUGAUGGCGAAGCCACACAGUAUAGUAUUCGACAUACUUAUCUCAUCUUAUUCUCCUUCUUUCGCCACAAAUGUUGUCAUGCUACUCGUCCGGCAGCGUUGACAUGAAACACACAAAAAACCCAUCAAACCGUGCGGAAUGACCGGGAUCGGGUUGCUGUGUCUUUUAUAAGAGAUUUGCCAAGCCGUUUUCACGCAAAUCGCAGAAAACUGCGAUCAUUUGCCCCAUAGGAAUGAAUGGGAAAUCCAUUUGAACAGAGCUCAAAAACACCCCACUUUGACCCCAUACAGAUUCCGCAUACUUUAACGUAGAAUGAAAAUUACAAGUUUAAAUGGUUCUCGAGACUAUGGACUUUAUUAGACUAAUUGGAAAUGGUUUUGGAAAUGAAAUGCCUCUACUGUGUUGCUGCACCGUCAGACCAUACAUGUCUGGAAUCACGUGAUGGACAGGACAGGCUGAAGAAGACCCAUGUCUAUUUCUAUCAAGUGCAGACCCAGUUAUUUCUAUGUGAUGUUGAAUAUGCUGACUUUGUUCUGUGGGUGAAUGGAAAGAUUCAUCUUGAACGCAUAACCCCAGAUAUUGACUUUUGGGAGAAGGUAUAUCCCAAAGCUCAUUAAUUCUUUCAGAAGGUCAUUCUCCUCGAGUUGAGUGGGCAAUUCUUCACCAGAAUUUCCAGUGUAACUACACCAGUCUCCAUUACUGCACCAAAAAGGCCUCUCUGCCUGAUACCAGACCCUGCUCUAUGUGCCACUCUGACUCAGCCAACCGAUACCCAACCACUGAUACCCAAGUGGUGCCUUUGUCGUGGAGAGGAAAAGCUUCCCAUGAUAGGAUGUGAUAACACAAAUUGUGAAACUACCUGGUUUCAUUUUGAAUGUGUUGGUAUAACAGUUGCCCUCAAAGGAAGCUAGUAUUGUGACAAAUGUCAUCAGCAUGUCCCCUCUCAAAAGAAACAGAAGUAUUAAUCAAUCUGAAUGACAGUGUAUAUAUGUAUUUGAUUGAACAUGUUUCUUUUACAUCAAAUCUAUAUAAAGAACAUGAAUGUGUAACAAUCAAAAAAGGUUGUGCACACUAAAAUGACACAAAAAGCAUCAUUAUUUAAACUGACACUCAAAGAGCAAAACCUCAGCUCAAAUAUCCAAAACUCUAAACACAUGUUCAGCUCUGCACCCAAUUUGCAAUUCAACUUUCCACUUUUAGAAAAGUAAAAGUAUAACAACAGUAUAUUUGUGUUUCUGCACAUAUUUUGGAGACUUGAACAAUCUUUAUUUGCAGAAUUCUCUAUAUCAAACGCCAUAAAAGAUGAGUGUGCUUGAGCACGAUGGUGUGUAGUUGGUUUUACAAAAUGUCUUGUGCUAUGAAUGAAGUGUGUGCCAUUUGGUGCAAAAGUUUGGUUUUGGUAAGUGUUUAUGGUGCAGUGCUUCAUUCUGCAGUAUAUAUCAGGUGUUUUGCACUUUGUGUGUAUGGUUUUGUGAAUUGUGUUUAGUGUUUUGUGAAAAUAAGCCCUGCUUUCAAAAAAUGUGUUAUAGCAUUGAAAAAAACUGUAAUAUGGACACAAUGUUAAUCUAUCUCUGUUAUGUGAGGUGAUCUCUGCAGCUUACAGUUAAAGGAGCAUGUACUUGUUUUUCACCCUUUUUCACUGGGUACAUUGGAAACCUGUAAUAAAUAUAAUACUUUGCCCUUUCAA